UCAUCCACUGCGGUUCCAACCGGGAAGGCGUACGUGGCAAGAGAAGUUGUCUCGAUUUUCUCAACAUUUCGGUGACAAAACCGCCUCAAAAUGACGACCGUGAGGAAUCUCUGGCUCUUGGCCGUUCUGGCGGCUUGUUUAGACUCCAUCAGCGCGUAUUUCGUCAGCGUGGACGCGCACGCAGAGGAGUGUUUCUUCGACAAAGUGACGUCAGGAACCAAGAUGGGACUGAUGUUCGAGGUGGCUGAGGGAGGGUUUUUAGACAUCGAUGUCAAGAUCACGGGCCCAGAUAGCACAGUGAUCUACAGUGGUGAGAGGGAGUCCAACGGAAAGUACACGUUUGCUGCCCACAUGGACGGAGUCUACAAGUACUGUUUUAGCAACAAGAUGUCCACGAUGACACCCAAGAUUGUCAUGUUCUCCAUGGACAUCGGAGAAGCCCCCAAGGGUCAAGACAUGGAAACAGAAGCUCAUCAAAACAAGCUGGAAGAGAUGAUCAAUGAGUUAGCAGUGGCCUUGACUGGAGUGAAGCAUGAGCAGGAAUACAUGGAGGUCAGGGAGAGGAUUCACCGAGCCAUCAAUGACAACACCAACUCCCGCGUGGUGCUGUGGUCGUUCUUCGAGGCCCUGGUACUCGUGGCCAUGACGCUAGGACAGAUCUAUUACCUCAAACGAUUCUUCGAAGUCAGACGAGUCGUAUAAGAGAGCGCCGAGAGAAUAGGUCCAAAUUUUUAUGCUGUAAAUUUUGAUUGAAAGUACUACACAAUGUAAUCAACUAUAACAAGCUGUUAGUUGAAUGUUAGUUGGAUUCUGUAUCAAAUUUGGGUACAGAAUAGUGCAGCUAUUUGGUCAAACUGAGAUAUGGAAGAUGCUGCUUAAGUU